CACACAAUCAGUUAACUUUAUUUUAAGCCCAAAUAAAUCGAGAAAAGACAACACACAAACCUUUCAUUUCAUUCCAUUUCACCACACACAAAACACAAAUUCAACUCUUGCAAAAGAAAAAGUUGAAUAAUUAAAAAAAGAAGAAAUGAUUCCAGAAAGACAACAAGGUGGUGCAGGUGCACCUCACGGCAUUCUUCUGGCAGUUGUGGUAGCAAUAGUCGUCAUAGUUCCUUUCCUUCUCGGAGGAGAUCAAGGCGAAGCAAUCACCGAAGCUAUAUCGGACCUUCUAAGUCCACUCGGUCUUCUUCUUUUACCUAUCAUCCUUCUCCUCACUAUUCAGUUCCUCUCCUCCGAACGUGGAUCCUUCAUCUCAAGCAUUUUUUCCACCGGCGAACCUGACACCAUCCACCGUGUUAGUGGCUCACCCUUCGGCGUCGCACUUUUUCUCAUCCUCAUUCUUGUCCUUUUGUAUAACCGCGUUUCCAUAUUCGGCGGUGACGAUUCCGAUGACUGAAACUUUGCAAGUUUUCUAGAUCUGACUCGUUUUUUUGUUUUUUUUUUUCCUACACGCGAGCACGCUUUUUUUGUAUAUCCUGUCAGUUAUUUUUGUAAAAGAAAAAUUGAAGUAGUAUGUGAAUGGAAUUUGAUCAUUUUCCUUCUUUA